CGCCCCGAGGCUUUUUUCACUACCGCCCGACCACCACACUAUUCCACACCACGCAACACUAGCAAGUGAGAAACCAUACUAUACAGAUAAUUGAGUAUUCUCAUCUUGAUCGUCAUGUCUACCUCUACCGGAAACCACCUGCACGCCGUCUACAUCUCCCCUCAACCCUCCACCCAGACCCAGACCUUCCAGCACGACCUUUCGCCAGCCCCGGCACCAUCCGACACGUCGUCCAAGGUGUCCUAUUUGGGAGAGCUGCGACAGUUGGUUCCGAAAUUGCAGGACGAAAUCAAUGUGUUUCUGACGGAGCGCAUGGAAGAGGACAAGAAGGCUGCGGAGGCGCAAGGGAGGAAGGAGUCGGAGAAAGAAGCCAAGGAGGAAGAAAACUACGGAGAGGAAAAUGUGGAGGAGGAUGCUUGAGGUUACGCAGUUUCAUAACGGUCAUGCAUUGCGAGAUUGCUCGGUUUUCUCGUUAUAUGGACAUUCGGGAUAUCGACUCUAUCAACUAUACGGAGUACCCGCACGGUAACAACACGCCAUCGCACACAAUCAAAUCGCAGAAAAACAUCCGCCGCUCCGUCCGAACCUCAUCACGGACGGAGGU